AUGGCAGACACCGGGCCGAGCAAGCUGCCUGGCCCCCACGACCUGCGCGACCAGCACGCGACAGCACCGCCCACCGAUCCAGAGCUCGAGUCACAGCUUCACAGUCUCAAUGCCGUCCAGUCGCUCGCCUCGCCCGUUGUCGACUCGAUACAGCAGCAUCAGCAACAUCAGCAACAGCAACAACAACAACAAACGUCCGGAAGAGGCAUAUCGUCACGAGGGGCGUUCGACGCGGACUUGAACAAUGCAGCAGAAGGACACCUCCCGCCAGCAGUACGAUCUGCCGGUCAUGGCCUGGAGCAGAUCGAGCAGAUGGACCAGGUGGACAUCACAUUCUCUGGUGACGGGAUGGUGUUGAGCACUCCGCAUGAUGCCAGACUCUCACAGCACCCGGACGACGUUGCUGGCCAUCAAUUUGUAUCGCCGACGAACAAUGACAUGCAGUUCUCACCGUUUACCCAGCAACACCUGCCACAGAACAUGAUACCCCAUUUCCAGUCCCCGGGUCAGGCAGACAUGUCUCAGGGGGGCAGCAGUCACGCCAGCGAAGGCCAUUUCAAGAAUAUGAAAUGCAUACCUAACCCGCCGGACCUCCAGAAAUGGAGAGAGAAGCUGUUCAACGUGGAAGACACGAUUGUCUUGAGCGAAGAGGAGUUCCAAACAUAUUUCCCCCAUGUAGAUAACGUCUACUCCCACCGGUCCACCCAGAGAUACAAGCGCAAGCCCUUUAUAUCCCAUUACUGGGACUGUCGGCUAAAAGGACGCCCACCAGGAACCCCAAAGACCCAUGACCCCAAUAAGAAGAAGCGAAAGAGAACCGCUCGAGAGCGUAAUCUAUGCGACGUCAAGAUAAAGAUCACGGAAUACUUCCCUGGCGCCAUAAAUAGUUCCCAAGAUAUUCCCUCGGGAUUCGAACAACCUUCCCAGGCUUCUUCACCUUCUGAUCUCCUGGUAGUACCUGGCUCAUCAAACUCAAAUCUAGACGGGUCUCAGCCGUUCGGCGUACUAACACCCAGUGCAACCUUGCCACCAGGCCAUCCUGGCGUGGCCGGGGCUCGAUAUUACACAAUUCAACGUGUAAAUGGGAAUGGGGGGAAUGGAAGAUCAGACUCCGUCGAAGGCCCACACCGGCAUACACUUGAAGAAAGUGACCGGAUCAAGAAGAAUAGUGUGCAGAGGAAUCUACUAAAGGAGGAGAAGGACAAGAAGAAGUCAACUACUCAGCAAAAAUCAUACCAUAGCCGUGCAUCUGGAUAUGCAUACUCCACUGUGAAGAAACAUGCAAAGGAGAGCGACUUGAAACUUUAUGGCAGCUGUUUCUGCCCCUUUGUACAGAGGGUAUGGAUUGCCCUUGAGGUCAAGGGAAUACCAUAUCAGUACAUUGAAAUCGACCCAUACAAGCAACCAGACUCUCUACUUGAAGUAAACCCUCGCGGCCUGGUGCCAGCCAUUCGACAUGGCAACUGGGGAUGCUAUGAAAGUAGUGUUCUUCUUGAAUAUCUCGAGGAUUUAGAUAUUGGCAAACCCUUGUUACCCCCAGGAGAUCCGCAGCUUCGUGCACAUUGCCGUUUAUGGGCAGACCAUAUAAACCGCCAUAUAAUACCCUGUUUUUACCGGCUGCUGCAAGAACAAGACCCAGGGAAGCAAAUUACGAUCACUGAACAACUAAAGGACCAUAUAAGCAAGCUUGUCAACGCCUCGCAUGUCCAUGGGCCGUUCUUCCUAGGCCGCAGCAUCUCGUUCGUUGACAUCCAUUUUGCUCCAUGGAUGCUAAGGCUUACCCGGGUAUUGAAACCUUACCGUGCGUGGCCUGAUCCAGAAAGGGGCAGCAGAUGGGCUGCGUGGAUGGAAGCAGUGGAGUUAGAUGAACAUGUUAUGGCCACUACGAGCGCCGAUGAUUUAUACUUGGAUAGCUACCAGAGAUAUGCAGGUGAGUAG